AUGGAAUCACCAUGGCACCUCCUCCCAGCAGACCUAAUCGAGUUGCAAAUCGGACAAAUCGACCUCCUGCUCGCCAUGUACCCGGACGAAACCAUGAUCGAAGAGGACUCAAAAGGCGUGCUUGACAUACUCCGCGACGUCACCACCACUAGCGACACAGAGAAAGCCGAAGCCGUGGUUAAAUCCACACCGAGUAUCUCCGUGCUGCUCGACCUUCCGAUCUCGCUAGAAGGAGAAGAUGAGGAAGAGAUGGAUUCAUCACGCAAUCCCGCCGCCAAAAGACUGCUACGAAUGGACCUCGGCAUCCCCUUUGCAUACCAGGGCAACUCGACACCACUGGAUGCGCCGAAUGUCAAAGUGCGAGUGCAGCAGCCGAACUGGAUGAGCAAGGCAGCAACAGCGCAGCUCACAUCCUGCAACAACAACAACAACAACUCCUCCUCAGACGCGGACGCAGAUUCAGAUCUCCUCAGCACCAUCGACAGUAUCCGGGAAAAAGCCCGCGCCCACCUCUCCAGCACCCUCAAACAAGAACACGACACACACAACGCCAACGGAAACCAGCAAAAACAGCAGUUAGUAAGAGUAUUCUUCUACUUCCCCUCCAUCAGCACGCGCUCCAAGCGCACAGACCUGAUAACGCUGGCACCCGUCUACCGUCUCACUGGCUUCCUCUUCGCGGGGAAACCAGGGUUACUCUGUGUCGAGGGGACAUCGACUGAUAUCGAUGCGUAUAUGCGGUAUAUCAAGACGGAGAGCUGGGGCGAUAUCCCUGCACAUCAUAAGAAGGUUAGUGAGCGGUAUCGCGAGGAGUGUGGUGGCCGCGUGUUUGAGGAUAUGCGCGAGAUUACCGAUGUGGUGGGGGAGAGGCGCGGGACGAGGGCGAAUAGAGGCGAUAUGAAGGCUGUGGAGGAGUGGCUUGUUGAGAGGGGGCUUGGCGAGGCGUUUGCAAAGGUAUUGAUGUAG